AUGAAAGAGAAACAUAUUGGUUUGGGUAAUGAUAAUACUACACCAGAGGAAUGGGCUACCAAUGUUCACAGAGAUACAUAUAAUAGUUUAAUUAAUCAUUCCGGACUACUUGAAUAUUUAUCUUUAGCAAAAAAUGAGUCAAAAUUUGAUGCUAAAUUACAAUUAUUAAAAAAAUUCUCCUCUCCAAUUGAAAAUGAAUCAGUUUCCUCUUUAAAAAAUGACAGAAAAAGAACAAUACCUGAAUAA